UUACUGAGACUUUCAGUGCCAUCAAAUGCAGCGGUAUUUAAUACACGAUAAUAAACGAUAAAUUUAUUGAUAGUAUUUUUAUUUUUUUAUCACUGAGAAGCAGAAAAAAAAUUCUAAGAUGGAAGCAUUAGUUGUCGACACGGUUUUUAUGUACGAGAAAGAAAAUGCUAAAAUUCAUAAUACAAUAAACUAUGAAUUGAUUCAUUUAGAUCCACCGACACCGAUUCUUCGUCGUGGACAAACAUUCAAUAUCGCUAUUAGAUUCGAUCGCGAGUACGAUGAAGAAACAGAUAUUGUUAGAUUAUUAUUUAAUUUUGGACCAAAUCCAAAUGUUUUCCGUGGCACACAAGGUGUCGAUGUUAUUAAGUCACGAGAUUCAUAUUUGACUGACCUCGAAGCUUGGGGAGUUAGAUUAAUUGGUAUUAAUGAUACUGAUUUGUCAGUUGAAGUAAGAAGCCCGGUUGAUAGUCCGGUUGGUGUUUGGCAGCUAAAUAUUGAAACGACUACUGCUGAUAGUAAAGAUCCGCCUAAUGUUUAUCAGCAUGAUAGUGAUAUUUAUUUACUUUUUAAUCCAUGGAUGAAAGAGGAUCUAGUUUAUAUGAAAGAUGAAACAUUAUUAGAUGAAUAUAUUUUAAAUGACGUUGGUAAAAUUUGGGUUGGACCUCAAGGAAGUACCAGAGGAAGAGAAUGGAUUUUUGGACAAUUUGAUGCAAGUGUUUUACCAGCUUGUAUGUUGCUCUUUGAAAAAUCAGAAAUUAAAUCUAUUUUACGUGGGGAUCCUGUUAAAGUUGCUAGAACUAUUUCUAGAAUGGUGAACUGUUAUAAUUUUAACGAAUAUGAAGAAAUAUAUAACGGUGUCCUUUUUGGUCGAUGGGACGGUCAAUAUGAAGAUGGAACAGCGCCGGCAGCAUGGACUGGAAGUGUACCGAUUUUGGAGCAAUAUCUUGAAUCAGGCGGCGAUUACGUAAAGUACGGUCAAUGCUGGGUAUUUGCCGGAGUUGUAACAACUAUUUGUCGUGCUCUGGGAUUACCAUCACGUGUAGUGACCAAUAUUGUAUCAGCGCAUGACGCGAAUGCAUCGCUUUCAAUAGACCGUUAUUACGACAUAAACAUGAAACCAUUAGAGCAUGAUCCAAAUAACUUAACAAACACUGAUUCAAUAUGGAAUUAUCAUGUUUGGAAUGAUGUAUGGAUGGCGCGACCGGAUUUACCGAAGGGUUACGGUGGAUGGCAAGCUAUCGAUGGCACACCACAAGAAACUUCUGACGGAUUGUAUCGAUGUGGACCAGCAUCUGUUGAAGCCGUUAAACAAGGAGUAGUUGGGUUUAAUUAUGAUGUUACUUUUCUGGUUGCUACUGUCAAUGCUGAUGUUAUUGGAUGGAAAGAAGAUCCAAAUAGUAUUAUUGGAUACUCAAGAAUAAAUGGCGAUACUAAACACAUUGGGCGAAUGAUUCUUACAAAGGCACCAUGGAUCUUCGAUCCAAACGGUGAUAGAGAUCGUGAAGACAUAACAUUACAAUACAAAGCACCAGAAGGAUCUGGAGAUGAGAGAUUGACCUUGUAUCGAGCAGUCCGUAGCACACCGACAGCAAAAAGAUUUUUUUCAGUACCAGCUCCCGAAAAUGAAGACCUUGAAUUUAAACUUGUUGACUUGGAGCGCGUUAACAUUGGGGAACCAUUCUCUAUUACAGUAAAUAUUAUAAAUAAAGCAGCUGUCAAAAGAACCAUCAAAGCUAUACUAUGGGCUGGCAGUGUUUAUUACAAUGGCGUCAAGGCAAACUUGGUAAAAAGAGCUGAAGGCAAUUUUGUUGUACAACCCAAUGCUAAGGAACAACUUAGAUUACGAGUUACUGUCGAUGAAUAUUUAGAUAAAUUAGUUGAAUAUUCAAAUAUGAAAAUAAAUGCUAUUGCAACAGUACAAGAAACUAAUCAGACUUGGGCUGAUGAAGAUGAUUUUCAAGUUAUCACACCAUCUAUUAAAGUUGUGAUUACGGGAGAUCCAACAGUUGGUCAACCAUCGAUGAUAGCUUUGAGUUUUAAAAAUCCUCUUAAAAUAGCUCUGACUAAUUGCGUCUUCAAUUAUGCCGGUCCAGGAAUUUCUAAAAACAAAACAUUGAAAUACCGCGAUGUUGCUCCAUUAGAAGACAUACGAGUAGAACAUCAAUUUGUACCGCAAAAAAGUGGACGACAGCAGAUCAUUGCGACUUUCACAUCAAAACAACUUGUCGACGUUACUGGCUCUACUACAGUUGACGUUCUCGAUUAAAUAAAAUAAAUAACUUUAACAAGUUUUUUUUUUAUCAUAUUUAUAUAUUAUUGAAUGUAAUAAUACAAGUCUCGUUUCCCAUUAAAUACGAUGGUAUAUUUUUGUAAUGAUGUCACAUAUCCUUGAAAAUUAUAACGCAUAUAUUAUAUUUUUUAUUACGUUA